UUUCCGCCGGGCGGAAGUGGGCGAAGCGGAGAAGAAAAACAGCCCUCCUUUCCGGUGUAGGGGCACAGUUGAAGAGGCGACGAAGGAACGAGGAGUCGUUUGUAAGGAUGACACGACAUGGCAAGAAUUGCACGGCAGGGGCCGUCUAUACCUACCACGAGAAGAAGAAGGACACAGCGGCCUCAGGCUAUGGGACCCAGAACAUUCGACUGAGCCGGGAUGCCGUCAAGGACUUCGAUUGCUGCUGCCUCUCUCUGCAGCCCUGCCAUGAUCCUGUCGUCACCCCAGAUGGCUACCUGUAUGAGCGUGAGGCAAUCCUGGAGUAUAUCUUGCACCAGAAGAAGGAGAUCGCCCGGCAGAUGAAGGCCUAUGAGAAGCAGCGUGGUGCCCGGCGUGAGGAGCAGAAAGAGCUGCAGCGGGCUGCGGCCCAGGACCAGGUACGGGGCUUCCUGGAGAAGGAGGCAGCCAUCGUGAGCCGGCCCCUCAACCCAUUCACAUCCAAGGCCGCCUCUGGGACGACCUCAGAUGAUGCCCGACCUGGGUCCAGUGCAGGUCCUACGGGCAAGGACAAGGAUAAAGCACUGCCCAGCUUCUGGAUCCCGUCGCUGACCCCCGAGGCCAAGGCCACCAAGCUGGAGAAGCCUUCUCGCACCGUGACCUGCCCCAUGUCCGGGAAGCCAUUGCGCAUGUCAGACCUGACACCUGUGCGCUUCACGCCGCUCGACAGCUCUGUGGACCGCGUGGGGCUCAUCACACGCAGUGAGCGCUACGUGUGUGCCGUGACCCGCGACAGCUUGAGCAACGCCACGCCUUGCGCGGUGCUGCGGCCCUCUGGGGCUGUGGUCACCAUGGAAUGCGUGGAGAAGCUGAUUCGGAAAGACAUGGUAGACCCGGUAAACGGGGAGAAGCUGACAGACCGCGACAUCAUCGUGCUGCAGCGGGGCGGCACAGGCUUCGCGGGCUCCGGUGUGAAGCUGCAGGCUGAAAAGUCGAGGCCGGUGAUGCAGGCCUGAGCGCACAGAAGACCAAAUAAACAGGCUUGGACUCA